AGGAAGGAAGGAAGCGAGCGAGGGCCCUUGGGCUGGACUCGUCUGUCAUCCGACGGCCGAGGGUGGGUGGGGGAGGCGGAAGCGCUUUAUCUCCCAGGGUGCAGUUCGCGAGGGGGUACCAAAGGCUUCCUCGGGGUUCUGUGAGGAGAAGGAGCAGCGCAGGCGGGCGGGCGGAGGCGGCGCCGUGGCGGCGGCGGCGUUGGCGUUUGGUGCUCGGUCCAAGAUGGCGGUGCAGGAGUCGGCCGCUCAGCUCUCGAUGACUCUGAAGGUGCAGGAGUACCCCACGCUCAAGGUACCAUACGAAACACUGAACAAACGCUUCCGAGCUGCUCAGAAAAACAUUGACCGAGAGACUAGCCACGUAACUAUGGUUGUAGCAGAGCUGGAGAAGACGCUGAGCAGCUGCCCAGCUGUGGAUUCGGUGGUUAGUCUCCUUGAUGGAGUAGUUGAAAAACUCAGUGUUCUGAAAAGAAAGGCAGUGGAAUCAAUCCAGGCUGAAGACGAGAGUGCAAAAUUAUGCAAGCGCAGGAUUGAGCAUCUCAAGGAGCACAGCAGUGAUCAACCAGCUGCUGCUAAUAUGUGGAAGAAAAAACGCAUGGAUCGUAUGAUGGUGGAGCAUCUCUUGCGAUGUGGCUAUUACAAUACAGCUGUAAAGCUGGCCAGGCAAAGUGGUAUUGAGGAUCUGGUAAAUAUUGAGAUGUUCCUGACUGCCAAAGAAGUAGAAGAAUCCUUGGAAAGACAAGAAACAAUGACCUGCUUAGCUUGGUGUCAUGAUAACAAAUCUAGGCUCAGGAAGAUGAAGCAUUCCUCUAAGAGCUGUCUGGAGUUCAGCCUAAGGAUUCAGGAGUUCAUUGAACUUAUUCGACAAAACAAGAGACUGGAUGCUGUCAGACAUGCAAGGAAGCAUUUCAGCCAGGCCGAAGGAAAUCAACUGGACGAGGUACGACAGGUGAUGGGAAUGUUGGCCUUCCCUUCAGAUACUCAUAUCUCUCCUUACAAGGAUCUUCUGGACCCUGCCCGGUGGAGGAUGCUAAUCCAGCAGUUUAGAUAUGAUAACUACAGGCUGCAUCAGCUGGGGAACAACUCUGUCUUUACUAUAACACUCCAGGCCGGGCUUUCAGCUAUAAAAACACCACAAUGUUAUAAAGAGGAUGGCAGUUCCAAAAACCCUGACUGCCCAGUUUGUAGCAAAUCCCUAAAUAAGCUGGCUCAGCCUCUGCCAAUGGCACAUUGUGCCAACUCCCGACUAGUCUGCAAGAUUUCAGGAGAUGUGAUGAAUGAAAAUAAUCCUCCCAUGAUGCUUCCAAAUGGAUAUGUGUAUGGAUACAAUUCUUUGCUUUCUGUUCGUCAAGAUGAUAAAGUAGUUUGCCCAAGAACCAAAGAAGUCUUCAACUUCUCACAAGCUGAGAAGGUCUACAUUAUGUAAUUCCCUCGUACAUACAAUGAAGUGCCGCUGGAAUUUGACAUAAUAUAUUUUGGCAUGACCUGUAGAGAAAGAUCUUGAGUGUGGCUAAGAGAGCUGGGGUGGGAAUCAGAUUGGUUGGUGGCAUUUUUUAUUGCGACCAAAGAUCAAUGAACAACAAUAUACACUCUUAGAAACUGAGGAAGUGUGACUAAAAGGUUGUACUUGGAGGGAACAAAUGUUGAAUGUUUGGAUUUUGUUACAGCAAUUGGACUUUUCUCAAAUAAUCAUCCAGCAAAAAACUCAGCUCAAAAAAUGGACAGUUUUCACAUGAGAAAAAAGUUACAGUGAACCUCAAAGGGCCAUUUCACACUUCCAGACCUGUUUUCAACAUCACCAAUAUGUGCCCAUGUAUGGAAGAACAUAUUAUUUGAAGGGGCCAAAUAUGCAAAACUGUGAUACAUGCACCAGGGAACUGGGGCCAGUCACAGCCUCUGAAUGUGUGUCGACCUUGUGGCCUCAAGUGUGUGCACGCACACACGUGCAUCUCCCCUUCAAAUGUGGUUGUCAGCAUGAGACACAUAAACUGGAAAUACAUUUGCAAUGUCAAAAGUGUGAUGUAGGUCUGUGUGCUUCCUUUUUCUGUGUUAGCAAUUGGCUAAGACCCUUUUGUUUGAAAUCCUCUUAUAUUCUGCCUUUGAAAUGAUCCCAUGGGCCAUAGUAGAUGCUUGACGACAACACUAACACAAGGCUGAUUUAACUGGAUCAGUUAGGAGUUCUUUGAAAAGAACUGUAAGGGUUUAUUCUCUUCCAAAAACCCUCUACACAUUGACCAUCUUGGGAAGACUGCAUAAAUAUGAAGUAACUGAAAACAUUACAGGCACAAUGCACUGCUUGUAUGUCUGUCCUUCUUCCAGUUGACCAUAGUGUUAAAAUUCUUCAUUUAUUAGUUACUAUGUGCAUAGGAUUCAAUAUCAAACCAUUAGUGCUACUGCCUUAUUUCUUACUUUGAGAAUGUACUCACAUAAAGAUCAGCUGGUAACCUUAAGUGUUGGGCAAAUUUUGAAGAUGCCUUGCAGGAUUAAUUAUGUAAUUUUAGGGUAUUCAUUACACAAGAGAUUAGUUCAAUUUUAACAGCUGCAAAUCACAUCCUUAUCACUCUCCAAAUAAAACCAUUGUAGUUGGAAAAAAACAUAUGGUAGAAGUUUGUAUUUAGCAUUUAUUUUUGCAUGUUGAUGUUGAUUAGCUAAUAAAGACUGUAAACAUAAA